ACAAUAAAUAGAACCUAUCACUUUAAAUCUGCAAUCUCUGGGACAGCAGAGAUCAUAAACUGUUAGUUAGUGAAGCGAGGGAAAUAUCGCUAUUACCUCUGGGAUAUUUCAGAGCAGUUUACUCGUUGAUAUUUAUUACAAAUAAUUCUGUCUACAUAGAUAGGUCUUUCAUAAGCACUUAAUAUUGUUUACCAAAGAAAUGGUGAUGGAGAAGCCAAGUCCCCUGCUUGUAGGGCGGGAGUUUGUGAGGCAGUAUUACACACUCUUAAACAAGGCACCAGAUUUCCUGCACAGGUUUUAUGGGAGGAAUUCUUCCUAUGUUCAUGGAGGACUGGACCCAAGUGGGAAGCUGGCGGAAGCGGUGUACGGGCAAGCGGAAAUCCACAAGAAGGUCAUGUCCCUGCAGUUCAGUGAGUGCCACACAAAGAUCCGGCAUGUGGAUGCCCAUGCCACACUGAGCGAUGGAGUGGUGGUUCAGGUCCUGGGAGAACUGUCGAACAACGGUCAGCCCAUGAGGAAGUUUAUGCAAACGUUCGUGCUUGCUCCAGAAGGUUCAGUGGCAAACAAGUUCUACGUCCACAAUGACAUCUUCCGUUACGAGGAUGAGGUUUUUGGAGACUCUGAAGCUGAGCUUGAUGAAGAAUCUGAGGAGGAAGUUGAAGAGGAGCCAGAGGAGAGGCAUCUAUCCCCUGAGCCACUCCAAGAAAGCCCCAACAGCACCACUUAUUAUGAACCUCACCCUGUCGCUAAUGGAGUAGAGGAGCCGAUGGAGGAGCCGGCUCCAGAGCCUGAGCCCGAGCCUGAACCAGAGCCCAAAGCAGAGGAGACAAAGCCUGACGUAGAUGAGAAGGUUCUGGAAGAGAUGGAGGAGAAGGCACCAUCACCGGCCCCUGUGGAGUCCCCACCAAACACCCAGGAGCCUCCCAAGACGUUCUCGUGGGCCUCGGUGACUAGUAAAAACCUGCCUCCUAGCGGCACCGUCCCCUCCUCUGGAAUACCACCCCAUGUUGUUAAAGCUACAAGCUCACAGCCCAGAGUUGACGGCAAGACGGAGACACAGACGGCACCUCUUCGGUCCAGAGACCAGCGCACACGCGACAGACCGGUCUUUACUGCGCGGGGGCCCAGGCCUGAUGGUGUUGCGUCUUCGGAGUCACAAACAGGGAAACCACACUUGAGUUUUGUUAACAAAGGUGUCCGGGGAGAUGCUGAACCUGGAGACAUGGACAGCAGGCGGAUUGUCCGAUACCCAGACAGCCACCAGCUUUUUGUUGGCAACCUCCCACAUGACAUUGAUGAGAGCGAGCUCAAAGACUUCUUCAUGACAUAUGGAAAUGUUGUGGAGCUGCGGAUCAACACCAAGGGCGUUGGUGGGAAGCUGCCCAACUUUGGAUUCGUGGUCUUUGACGACUCUGAUCCUGUGCAGAGAAUCCUGGGGGCCAAGGUAGAAGGGCCCAUCAUGUUUCGAGGAGAGGUGCGUCUGAAUGUGGAGGAGAAGAAGACAAGGGCGGUCCGUGAGCGAGAGACCCGCGGUGGAGGAGACGAGCGCCGGGACAUGAGGCGCAACGACCGAGGCCCCGGAGGGUCGAGAGGCAUCGUGGGAAGCGGAAUGAUGCGAGAACGUGACGGCAGGGGACCACCACCUCGAGGCGGCAUGGCCCCCAAACCUGGCAUGGGCUCCGGAAGAGGCUCUGGAGGCCAAGGAGAGGGUCGCUUCACGACCCAGCGCCGCUGAGAAGAGCACCACCUGCAGUGUGGAAGUAGUACCGUGUUCUUCAUCUUCAACCGUUCUCGUUAACGAAAAGAAAUCUUCAUGUAUGAACGUAUAUAUUGGUUUAUGUUUUAUUUUUUUAUUUUUUUGUUCCCUCUUUUGCUUUGGAAUGUGACACAGCCUGUCAACCUUUUGUUUGUGAAAUAGACAAAAUAAGCAAACAAAAAAAAAUGCGCUUAUUAGUUGUGAGCUGAGCGUCCUUUUCGGGUUUCUCAAGAAUUCACAAACUUUAAUUUGUAAAUUUGUGGAAAAAAGGCGAACCAACCAGGAGUAAUCUGCCACAUUAGGAGGGACUGAUAAGACUUUUAACUACGAUAGUACAGCCCAUCAUUUGGAAAAGAGAUUAUAUGCCUUGACUUAACUGGGGCGCUGCUUCACGAAAUCCCUCUAUUGCACAUUUUAUAUGGUAGUUUUCUGCCCGUUACUGUCGGAAAAGAGUGAGAUGCAAAAUUUGUGCAGUUCCAGGGGAAAAGCUUGCCUUUUACUUUUUUCCUUUUUGAGAGACCACUGCUUAAAAAUUGCAUAAUGCACUCAUCAAUAUGCACUAAUGGGUACUUUUCUCGUAUUACAUUGACGUCCACGCUCGGAACGCAGCUGGAGAGACUGGUUUUGUCUCGAAGCGAUACGACUUUCCGGGGCAGGCCUUCGCUCACAGCCUGUCUGCUGUGACCAAUGUACUUUUCACACUUUUGACCCAAAACGAGCUUCAAUUACUGCUGGAUGGACAAGAUGACGAGCAAAUCUACAUUAUAUUUUUCCUCAUUUAUAAAUCAAAUAAAAAGAAAAAGCUAAAAUCCUGGACUUUCACCAAAUGCGUGGCGGGACAAAGGAUCCACAAAGUUGAACAAUAGAAGAGUGGUGGUAAUGAUGGCGGCUCGCUCAGUUUUUUUUUUUUUUUUUUUUUUCUUUUGAUUCCAAGUUUGUUUUUCUUCGUUUGUUUUCCUUGUCAGCUAGACCGCGAAACUGGGAUGGACGACACCGUCCCUCCCUCUUCCCUCCCUUCCUCUCUUAAGUGCGGAGUAACAGAAUAAAUGUACAGCAGAAAUCAUAGUUUACUGUAUGUUUUGUUUUCUGUGUUUUCAUUUCUCUGAGUGGUGCCUUCUACUUCACCUUUUCCAGUCUUACUAGAGUAAAGCGGCUCGAGGCUCUCUGCCUCCUAUUAUUGAGCUGCUCAUUUUGAACUAUUGUUUUUGGGAUCGGAUGGAAAAAGAUAUUGCCGUAUUCACAAGUUUUAGGUUUGUUUUUUUCAGGUGCAUAUUUCAUUUUUCCAUACUGUUUUACUACCUAAGAUGAUCUGCUGUGAGUUUUGUACAUUUGUUUUGUAUCGUGUCUGUUCUGGGUUUUGUAGAGACAAUAGGCGCCUCCAGUUCUGUUGUUAAAUGGUUAAGAGGUGUAUCUGAAGAACAACCCCCCCCCCCCCCCCCGAAACAAAAGGUACAUUAAAGAUUAUGCGGGAAAAUGCUUGCUUCUUGGUUUAACAAGUCAUGGCUCUACACAACAAAGCUUUGGAAAGGACAAAUGUCUGUGUGACUCAGAUUCUGUUGAUACUUUUAGUUUGACCAUAGUUUUUGGGACUCAUGGUAGCACUUGGGUUCAUCUCUGGACUCACAAGUUGUCAGACUGUUCUUUUUCUCAGCAACAAUUUUGUAAAGAUCUGUGUUGGUGGGCUGGCUGUAGUGCCGGUCUACCGACAAGCAAAUAAUUGUGCUCUUUUCUAGCCGUUUAUGCAUUUGUAUUUUCAUAUGCUGAUUAUUCAUUGUGCUUAUUUGUGGUCUUAUAGUUUUUCCAGUCAAGGCAACUCUGAUUUGAAAGCCACACCGGUCGUCUCUCUCUUGUCCUCGAAUGAGUUUUCUUUUACCAUUCGGUAGAGAGGGAAGGCCUUCUGGUUUCAGCUGAAAAGUGAAAACAUAUUGUUUUGUUAUCUUGCACUGAAAGGGGAAGUGAAAUCGAUGUAGCAGUUUUCUGGACAAAUCUACUAAUGAGGUCUUCCUUGGCUGGUGGUGUUGCACUAUUUACAACAUUUCUGGGACAAUCUGUAAUUUUGAACACUCUAAAUUCCUCAUCUGGCAGUGGAAAAACAACCAUGAAGUGCUCAUCUUGUUAUCCGCAUGACAUAUUUGCUUUCCUGCAGUUAAAACCAGAUUUGAUGUACAGACAUGGCAUAUUUAAUGUAGUUUUCCACAGUAAUGCUCGGCUCUUGUCCUUUUUGUAGUUGAGAUUAAAUAUUUUCAGAUGUGAGAUUAGUUUUCAAUAGAGACCUUUUUAUUUGUUACCAUCAGUCUUUGAACUAAUAUUACAGGAAAGCUGCCGCUCUUUGACCGUCUGUUUUUAUGAUUGGUACCUCUACACGAAUGUUUAUUUGUCAGGUAAUCGCUUAGCUAAAGCACUUGACAGCAAUCAUACUUUUUACAGCGAUGGUCAAGGAAGAGGUUUUACGAAGAAGAGCCAUCAUGCUUUCCGACCAAUUUGGUUUUUUUUGACAUCGUAAUGGUGGCAAAAUGUUUGAGGAUAUAAACUUCCAGUUUGAUAGUUCUCUUUUUUCACCGAGGUUUUUAACCCUCCCACCUAUUUUCCAAACCAAACCUUUAAAGAAUCUUCAAAAGAAAAAACAAUUUUCCCGUGGCUGAAAAUAAAUUUGAGUGGAUCCUCAUUGUGAAUCAUUCCGGUCCCUUUUGAAUGGAACUAGAAGUACCUUCUUGGCUUUAGCAGGUGUGGUAAACAGUUGGCUGCCAUCUUCAUUUCACGGUGUUUACCCUUUACUUGUUGCUGGUACAAAAGUGUUGCAGGUGGAGAAUCUUUUUUUUAGUUUUGUGUUUUUUUUUUUUUUUUUCUUCUCUAUUUUGAAUGUGUUGGACUUAACAUACAAUAAACUACUGAUAUCAGCACCACUCAUA